GGCCGCGUCCCCGGACGCACAGGAUGUGCGCAAACUCCGGACCCGGCUCGGCGGCCCGGGGAGCCCGCGGAGGGGCGCGCCCCUGUGCCUUUCCCUCUGUGCUUUCAGCCGAGCUGGGGGGCUGCGCUGCUGGCUGGUGCCUGCAGCGCGGUGUGCAGCCUGGAAGCCUCCCUUCCCUUGCUUGUCGUUAACUCCUGCACUGUCCAGACUUGUGCCGGCGGGUACCCAUUUACCGUUUCAGCCAUUCUUCAUCGCAUAAUUCAGGGCAUCCGUCCGUUUAGUGCCUAGACUCUGGUUUCGUCCUGAAGCAGGAGGGCUAAGAGGGAGCUUUGUUACUGCAAGUGUUCGACUCUGACUCGACCAGCUCCCAGCCACUGUCCUGUGCCCAGAAGGGCCUUACAGGGAAGCCCAGCCGGGUCAGGCUCAAAGGCAGCCCGCCCAGCGCCUCCGCCCCCAUACCCUUUGGCUGGUCUCUCCAGGAGGCUGUAACCUCAUGGCCUCACCCUGGAAGACUGCCUCUGUUCCUGGACUGCAGCUGGGCUUGGGUUGUGGUUUCUGGAUCUGCAGGUCCUACCGCUUGCUUUUUAGGGCAGGAGCGAUGGGGCCCCAUGUGGUGCCCAGGCAGCUGGUGUGGCUCUCCCGGUGGCAGGCGGUGUGCGCUCGGGGAGCAUCUGUGCAGCACAGGACACGGGCAGGGGUGUCCAGGAUCCCCAGCCUGCUCAGCCCUGGGGGGGCCCUGGGCGCCAGCCCCCUGGUCCGAAGGAGCAGCUCCUCCACGCCCCCUGGUGCGCCGGAGGUGGUACUGACCCAGCAGCGCUACCCCGUGACACGGCUGCCCUUCUCGGCGGUGUCUGCUGAAGACCUGGCAGCCUUUGAACGCAUCCUCCCGGGCGGGGUCGUCACAGACCCAGAGGUGCUGGAGGCUUCCAAUGUGGACUGGCUGAGGACGGUCCGAGGUUGUAGCAAGGUGCUGCUCAGGCCCCGGACCUCCCAGGAGGUGGCUCGCAUCCUCAGGUACUGUCAUGAGAGGAACCUGGCUGUGAACCCGCAGGGGGGAAACACGGGCAUGGUGGGGGGCAGUGUGCCCGUCUUUGAUGAGAUCAUCUUGUCCACCACCCUGAUGAACCGGAUCAUCAGUUUCCACAGCGUGUCCGGGACCCUGGUAUGCCAGGCGGGCUGCGUCCUGGAGGAGCUCAGCCAGUACGUGGAGGAGAGGGGCUUCGUCAUGCCCCUGGACCUGGGGGCGAAGGGCAGCUGCCACAUUGGGGGAAACGUGGCAACCAACGCAGGCGGCCUGCGGUUUCUGCGCUAUGGCUCACUUCAUGGGACUGUCCUGGGCCUGGAGGUGGUGCUGGCCGACGGCACUGUCCUGGACUGCCUGACCUCUCUGCGGAAGGACAACACGGGCUACGACCUGAAGCAGCUGUUCAUCGGGUCGGAGGGCACGCUGGGGGUCAUCACGGCUGUGUCUAUCCAGUGUCCACCCAAGCCCAGGGCAGUGAACGUGGCUUUUCUCGGUUGUCCGGGCUUUGCUGAGGUCCUGCAGACCUUCAGCAGUGGCAAGGAGCUGCUGGGUGAGAUCCUGUCCGCGUAUGAGUUCAUGGAUGCUGAGUGCAUGUGGCUGGUCACGCACCACCUGCACCUUGCCAGCCCCGUGCAAGAAAGUCCGUUCUAUGUCCUAGUGGAGACCUCAGGCUCCAGAGCGGGGCAUGACGCCGAGAAGCUGAGUGACUUCCUGGAGCGGGCGCUGAGCUCUGGCCUGGUGACGGAUGGGACCGUGGCCACGGACCAGACCAGACUCAAGGCGCUGUGGGCCCUGAGGGAGAGGAUCUCGGAGGCGCUGAGCCGGGACGGCUACGUGUACAAGUACGACCUCUCCCUGCCCACUGAGAGGCUUUAUGACCUUGUGUCUGAUCUGCGCGCCCGCCUUGGCUCACAGGCCAAGCAUGUGGUGGGCUAUGGCCACUUGGGGGAUGGUAACCUGCACCUCAAUGUGACGUCGGAGGCCUUCAGCCCCUCGCUGCUGGCUGACCUGGAACCGUACGUGUACGAAUGGACAGCCAGGCAGCGGGGCAGCGUCAGCGCCGAGCAUGGCCUGGGCUUCAAGAAGAGGGGCGUCCUCAGCUACAGCAAGCCGCCUGAGGCCCUGAGGCUCAUGCAGCAGCUCAAGGCACUCCUGGACCCCAAGGGCAUCCUGAACCCCUACAAGACACUACCUGUUCAGGCCUGACAGGACCUGCGGGGUCCGCAGGAGACGCAGGAGGGGCCUUGGCCCAACCCUGGUUUUGCCUGUGGCUGUGGGCCUGCGGGGUUGGCAUGAGCUGAGUGGGCAGCAGCAGGUGGGGGCGCCCAGCUACAGGCUGGAGGGGCCAGAGCCGGCCCCCAGGCAGGAUUCUUCCUGGCUCUUUCCAGCCCUGCUGGGCGGGCAGAGCGGAAAGCCACCCAAGCCACCUGGUCUGCUCUCUCAGCCCCUAUGUGGUCACUGCCCAACCCUCUGCAGGCUAGGCAAGAGCCUCCUGUGGCACGUCCUGUGUGGGCUGGGUGGGCGAGCUCUUCUGCCCAUUUGGGAGACCAGGCCACAUUCCACUGUGCUGGGGGCUGCCACUGUGGGAGGGGGCAUGGAUGGUCCUGUGCCUGGGUUCCCCAGGCAGGAUGUGUCCCUGGCAGAGGUGACGAGCUUCGUGGGACAGUGUGGGCUCCGUCCAGAAGCUUUGAGCAAUAGCCCGGGUCACUGGAGCCUUGUGGAUGACCGGGCCCUCGGAUGAGCCAGAGUAAUAGGAUGGUCUCCGCCCUGGAAGGCAUCGUUCCCCCAUUUUCUAGAAGGCCCAUCCAUUGGCAAGACAGUCAUCAGACGCUAGUCAUUCGUGGUUCACCCCGGUGGUUCGCAGUGAUGUGCCCGGAGCUGUGGCUUCACUUCUGCUUCUGCUUCCACGUCCGUGAGGCUAGCGUGAGAAGCCCCGACGUGCACGAGUGCAUGUGCCCAGUGGGGCAGGCUUGGCGCGCACACUGCAUCCUCACUCGCCCCACUGUUGCCCUGGGCCCGGGGCCACUCCUGGGGCUGUGAAGAAGGUCUGGACACGUUUUCUCUUUCUGGCUGUCAUGAACUUCCAGUAAAAAAUGGGAAUUGAUCA